UGGCUGAUUUUUUCUUUCCUGUCCUUUCCUCCGCACGUUUAGUCUAUCGAAUAGCCGUUAGUCCAGGCUGAUUAUUUAAAAUUAGGCCUAGACCCUUAAUUAACGGUCUGCUAUUUUUCUUUUUCUUUUCUCUCUCCGUAUAAAUAGCCAUGCCUUAUUUCAUUUCUUCACCACUUCUCCACUACAUCUCUACCACAUCUCCACGCCUAUUUCUUUAUUUUUUUGUCUUUCCAAAUGGAACAAAUAUAUUUUUCACGUAAGUUUCAUUUCAAAUAAUUAAAAAUCUUCUAUUUUUUUUAAUAGGUCGGCGUAAUCAGGUUAACCGUCGUCGCCUUGUUCAACAAGAACAAGUACAAGGACGACGACGACGAGCACAACGUCGACAACAACAACAACAACAACAAGAGCAACAAUAUCAACAACAACAUCGACAAGCUCAACAACAUCUACAAUAUCUACUACAGCAACAAAAACAAGAACAACAGGAACAACAUCAGCGACAUCCAGAACAUGAACAAUAUCUAGAAUAUCUACGACAACAACUACGACAACAACUACAACAACGACUAGAACAAGAACAACAGCAACUACGACAACAACAUUACCAACAACAACAUGAAAACAUCACCACUUUCCCCUUCGAAUUUGGCGAAGUGACUGUCACCGUCCGUACCAACCGGGCGGUGGUAGUUAACAUCACCUCGUCGAUGACUGUACCGGGUGGUCCGGCUAUACCACCUUCAACAUCAUCAACAGCACCAUCAGCCGACAAUAUGGAACCGGACCAUCCGGAUUACAGUCAAUUCCUCAUCGACACCAUUAGUUAG